AUGGACAAGUCGAUUGAUACAACCGAAAAUGGCACAUUGGAGACAGUGACAGUUGCGAUUUCAUCUGACCUACUUGCAGAUAUCGACGACGAACAGAUUUCUCAAGCACAGAUGGCAAUUUCAGAAAUGAUCGAUCAAACAUGUGCCUUGCAAUCGACUUCCGAAGAGCAUUUACCGAUUCCACAGGAUUGUUUUGGUUUUCUUCUUCGUUCAAUAAUACCAACACACGAAGUCGUCAAACAAGAUCUCGAACAUGAACUGCCACCGAACUUAUUCAAAUACGAAGAUGCUCAAGGUACGAAGUACGCUUUCAAAGUUCUUGAUCGUCGAACGAACCGCUUGACUUAUGAGCAAAUGCCUUCUUAUCAUAAACAUGGAAUGCGUUUACUGUUCAGCGGUCCGGUACAACGCGAAUUAUUGCAUACGAGUACGAUCAGAAAUUUCUUUGCACGCGAAACAACACGUUUGGGGGAAGCAUUCGAUGAGCCGAAAUCGCGUAAACAUAUUCCAGGUUUUGUUAAAAUGUAUCAAAUCGAUCUAACGGAAUUACUCGAACCAAAUAUAUCGAUGUAUUUUACGUUUAACGAAUUUUUCUAUCGUAAGUUGAAACCCGAUGCGCGACCGAUCGCCGAUCGUCAUGAUCCGGAUGUUGUCGUAUCAGCUGCUGAUUGUCGUUUGAUAACGUUUGAUAAUAUUUCCGAAGCGACACGUAUUUGGGUAAAGGGUCAACAGUUUUCUCUUCGAUAUUUGUUUGAAGACGAAGUAUUAGCAAAAGAAUUCGAGGGUGGUUCGAUCGCAAUCUUUCGCCUAGCACCUGUCGACUAUCAUCGCUUUCAUUCGCCGAUUCAGGGCACAAUCGGAGAACAGAUGAAGAAAAUUUCAGGAACAUACUAUACAGUUAAUCCAGUUGCCAUUCAAGAACAAUUAGAUGUACUUACGCAAAAUCAAAGAACAGUUAUCACAAUCAACAGUGAACAUUUUGAGAAAGUUGCGUUUGUUGCCAUUGGUGCGCUACUUGUGGGUUCAGUUAAUUUCACUGUCGCACCAGGUCAAACGGUUGAGAAAGGCGACGAACUUGGUUACUUCGCAUACGGUGGCAGUACAAUAGUUGUUGUUUUCAAAGCUGGUAUGGUAAGAUGGGAUGAUGAUUUACAUCAUAAUUCCAAUAAUUGUAUGGAGACACUCGUUCGAAUGGGUGAACGCAUAGGUCAGCGAACCAGUGCAGAACAACGUCGAGAAUAUUUACUACGUAUAUCAAGUGGUAGCAAGAAAAACUCAACGAUUUCUCAACUUCUUAGUCAUUUUCCUAUAUCAUAUAGCGUGAAAUCUGAUUAG